UAGAUUAACUAUUGCUCACCAUCAGCGAACGUGAUCGGACCGAGGCUGAGCGAAGGGCCAAAUCCCAGACGGUUAUGGGAGGCGGCCGUGGUUGUGGCUCCCGGCCCCGCGGUCAUGUACCGGGAUUACGCAUGCCGAAUGCGGGUUUGCUGGCAAAAAGGGGUGGAUAUUGACAGCACCGUACAGCCCAAUACAGCCCCGGUCCAGGACGUUCAAUGAGCCGAGGUUCGUUUCGCUCUUCUGCCUCCUCUGCUGCUCGCACUUCUUCUCUCCGUACUCGUCUUUCAUCUCCCGUGAAUUUCUCGUCUCUUCUGACUCCCUGUCCUUUCCUCAACCUUCUUCAUAUAUUCAAAAUAAACCUCUCCCUCUCACGUCUCUAAUUUCUUCCCCUUCUCCCCCGUAUUCCGCCACCACCGAGAGGGAUGUUUACAGCGGCUGCCCGGAGCCGUUUCUCUUCCUCUCUUGCUCGCCCCCGCCUUUCUCCCACGAAUUCGCUUCUUGCUAGAUCUUCUGUGGCGUCAACAAUGGCUCCCCGGCGCAAGGCUUCUUCUGUCCCCGAGGGGUACAAGGAAGAUGUCUCCAAGGGCAACAUGCUCCGAUUCGAAGACUCCCUCCCUAAACUCCCGGUGCCAACACUCGAGGAAACCGGCCGGCGGUACCUCAAGUCCGUCCACGCAGUCGUCUCCGAGGCAGAAUAUGAAAACACCAAAAAAGCCGUGGAGGAGUUCGUGCGCCCUGGCGGCGCCGGCCACACUCUGCAGGAGCGAUUGCUUGCUCGCGCGGCGGACCCCAAGCGCAAGAACUGGCUGACCGAAUGGUGGAACCAUGCUGCUUACCUCGGCUACCGCGACCCUGUUAUUCCUUAUGUUUCUUACUUUUACUCAUACCGUGAUGACCGUGCUCGCCGGCAACCAGUUAAGCGGGCUGCUGCUAUCACUACUGCGGCGUUGGACUUCAAGCGCCAGGUGGACGAUGGCUCCAUUGAGCCUGAGUACCUGCGCGGGAUUCCUCAGGCCAUGAGCUCAUACCAGUACAUGUUCAACUGCUGCCGUAUUCCCGACGACGUCGCGGAUUACCCCAAGAAGUACCCGGCCAAGGAGCACGAUCACAUUGUUGUUGUGCGCAAGAACCAGUUCUUCAAGGUGCCUUUGGCUAUUAACGGCCGUCCCCUCAACGUGUCCGAACUGGAGAAGCAGUUCGAGCGCAUCUACCAGAUCGCCCAGAAGCAGGCCCCUGUCGGUGUGCUGACCGUCGCAAACCGUGACCACUGGUCCGCUGCCCGCAAGAAGCUCCUGGCCGCUGACCCCAUCAACGCCACGUCUCUGGAGGAUAUCGAGUCCGCUGGUUUCGUCGUCUGCCUGGACGAUGCGACCCCUGUCACCUUGGAGGAGCGUGCGCGCCAGUACUGGCACGGUGAUGGUUCCAACCGCUGGUUUGACAAGCCUCUCCAGUUCAUCAUCAACGAGAACGGCACGGCCGGUUUCAUGGGCGAGCACAGCAUGAUGGACGGCAGCCCGACACACCGCAUGAACGACCACCUCAACGCUUCCAUCUUCAACAACAAGAUCGAUCUCUCCGAGAAGCCCGUACGAUCUGACCUACCUGACCCUCGCCCCAUCAACUUCACCCUGAACGAGGAGGUCUUGGAAGCUAUCGACGCCGCGGCGAAGGAGCACCACCAGCAGAUCGCCGCCCACGAGCUGCGCGUUCAAUCCUACCAAGCCUACGGCAAGGGCUUGAUUAAAAAGUUCAAGUGCAGCCCCGACGCCUACGUCCAGAUGAUCAUCCAGCUCGCCUACUUCAAGAUGUACGGCAAGAACCGCCCUACCUACGAAUCCGCCUCGACCCGCAAGUUCGCCGAGGGCCGCACAGAAACCAUCCGCACAGUCUCCGACGACAGCGUCGCCUUCUGCAAGGCCAUCAGCGACCCUGCCGUUCCUCGCGAGGAAGCUGUCCGCCUCUUCCGCACCGCCCUCGCCGCGCACAGCAAGUACACCGCCGAAGCGAGUGACGGAAAGGGUGUCGACCGCCACCUGUUCGGUCUGAAGAAGCUCCUCCGUGAGGGCGAGCCUCUUCCCUCCAUCUACUCGGACCCUGCCUACGCGUACUCGGGAUCAUGGUAUCUCUCUACCAGUCAGCUGAGCUCGGAGUACUUUAACGGCUACGGAUGGAGCCAGGUUAUUGAUGAUGGAUUUGGUAUCGCCUACAUGAUCAACGAGAACAGCCUAAACUUCAACAUCGUCUGCAAGCGCAUCGGCGCCGACCGCAUGAGCUACUACAUCAACGAAGCCGCCGGCGACAUCCGCGACAUGCUGAUGCCCGAUCUCGCCGCCGAGCCCGAGAAGGCCAAGCUGUGAUUUUUUUUUUUUCUUCGCCCGUCAUUUAUCCCCCGUGUGUCGUCAUAUGAGAAGGAGAAAAAGAGCCGCUAGACAGAUCUCAGUUGAUGACUUUCUUAUGCAUAGAGUUGCGGUUCUUUGUUUUGCGUUUUGGUCUGCUAUCUAGCUUUCUAUCUAUCUAGCUUGAUGUAUGUAUAUUUAUAUUUGAGUGAGAAUAUAUGAGGUUUGAAGACUCAUUUAGUUGGUUU